AUGUCUAUCGAUACUGAUGUGCUGAUCAUUGGAGCAGGCCCAUCCGGUCUAGGUAUGGCUGUUCAACUUGUCCGCAACUUUGGGACACGGAACUUCGAAAUCAUAGAGAAGACCACCGAUAUUGGUGGGACAUGGUUUUUGAACUCGUACCCCGGAUGCGGGUGUGAUGUCCCCUCUCACUUUUAUUCAUAUUCAUUUGCACCCAAUCCUUACUGGUCGCGAAAAUUCGCAUUGCAACCAGAAAUCCAUCAAUAUUUUGACUCUGUCGCUAAGCAAUACGACAUUCGUCCUCAUGUUCGUUUCCAUUCCGCUGUUAAACAGGCUGAAUAUGAGCCUGAAACGGCGACUUGGAGAGUGGUGAUUGAGGACGAGAGAACAGGACGACAAUUUCAAAAGCGUGCCAGAUUCCUUGUUUCAGGCGUCGGAGCUCUAUCAGUUCCCAAAACUUGUGAUAUUCCUGGCUCCGAGAAAUUUACGGGUCGUCUUUUUCAUUCAGCACGGUGGGAUCACAGCUUUGACUACAAGGACAAAGAGGUCGUGUGUAUCGGAAAUGGCUGUAGUGCUACCCAAUUUGUACCCGCAAUGAAUACUGGGCCGAACCAAGUCAAGAAGAUCACUCAAUUUUCCCGUCAGGCUCAUUGGCUUUCUGAAAGACCCAACCCUGAAUACUCCCACGCAUUCAAGUUCUUAAUGCGCUGGAUUCCUGGUGCUCAACUUCUGUACAGAACAUUUCUCUUUGCAAUGGCUGAGAAAGACUUUUCGGGCUUUAGAACGGAACAGGGAGAAGCUUUACGCAACAAUUGGACAUCCAUAACGGCGAAUUAUAUCAGGGAAAAAUGCCCCGCUAAAUACCGCGACUUUUUGGUGCCGAAGAGUAUCAUCGGAUGUAAACGCAGGGUUAUGGAUACGGACUAUCUCGCCUGCCUUCACCAGGAAAAUGUUGAGCUUGUCCACAACGAUCCCAUUGACCAUAUAACCGAGAGGGGAAUCACAACCAAAUCGGGCCGAGAGAUCUAUGCUGAUGCAAUUGUUCUCGCAAAUGGAUUUGAGACUCAGAAACCGCUCUUCCCAAUGGAAAUUCGCGGGCAAAGUGGACAAACAAUCGCUGAUCACUGGCAAGAAUUUGCAGAUGGCUCACCAGAGGCGUACUUCGGUACCUGUCUAUCGGGGUUCCCAAACUUUUUCGUCCUGAUGGGUCCAAACACCCUUUCUGGACACCUCUCGGUAAUCUACACGACGGAAUGUCAGAUUAAUUUCAUUAUUCGAGUCAUUCGACCGAUCUUGAUGGGGAAAAAUCGUUCUUUGCUCCCAUCGCUGUUUGGAUCCGAGGAUCCCCAAUCUGUCGCUGUUACCCCAUUUGCGGAGCGGAAUGAUGUGGCCAUGGUCGAUGACAAGGCGAAACGGCUGGUCUGGGCUUCUGGCUGCAGCUCAUGGUUCAUUGACUCCAACACCGGGCGAAAUACUAUCAUGUUUCCGGAUUGGCAGUUCAAGUUUCAUCUCCGCAGCAUCUUUAUACCGUGGAAAGAUCUUGUGUACAAGAAAGCUCCCAAGGGGCCUCCUAAGGAGAUAAAAGUGGGCGCUCUUAUCCCCGUCCCAUUCGCUUCUGCGGGAAUACUGGCUAUCGGGACCUUAUUCGCAGCAUCGUAUCUUGGGGGUCUUUAUUUUCCAUCCAAGGUGUCUGGGUUGUCACAACACCUAUUCUAG